UAUAUUAUUAUCAGACUGAUUAUUAUAAUGAAAUUAUAACAUUUAAAAAUAGUGUCAAAAUAUUACAUAAAUUUUAUAUAAAAUUAGUAAAUUGCACAUAAAUACAUAUAAUACAACCAAUAUCAAAUACAAAAAACUGGCUUAAUUCCCGCCACAUAACCUAACCUGACUUUUUUUUCAUGGACAGCACGCCGAAAGAUUAUAAGCGAAUUUCUACUUUCGAAGUGAAUUUAAUAAAAAUAUUUGCAAAGAAAAAAUAUCGUGUACCUACUUAUGAAAAAAGGAUUUCAAAGAAAAACUACAAUUCAAAAUGACUUCUGAGAUAAUUCGAAGAAAUAUGCAUCGACUUCGUUAUGCCAUCGAUAAGGGAAAUCUAGAAACUGUAAAGGAGCUUUUACAAGAAAUUAAAAUUGAUUAUCGAGAUGAGAAUUUUUUAACCAUUUUGGACUAUGCUGUUAACGCAGGAAAUUCAAUGAUUGUUGAGGAAAUUUUAAAGCGUCAUCCUGAUAUUAAUCUAGAAAACUACACAUUGCACAGUGAAGUUGGAAAAGAAUCUGAAGAGUUGGCAAAUAUAUUGUUUAAAAAUGGUACUAAUGUUAAUUCUGUGUAUAAAAAUGUCGGUACACCACUUCAUAUUUCUGCUCUACUUGGAAACACAGAAAUCUGUAAAUUACUAUUAAUUAAAGGAGCUGAUAUAAAUGCAGUAAAUGAAAAUAAAGAAACAGUCUUGCACAUUGCAAGUCGAAAAGGUGAUAAAGAGAUUGUUAAAUUAUUGCUAGAAUUUGGUGCCGAAAUUGAAUGCAAACAUAUUUAUGGCAAGACACCACUUCAUUUUUCUGCUGAAAGAGGAAAAAAAGAAAUUUGUAAAAUGCUUUUAAUUAAUGGAGCUGAUGUAAAUGCAGUAACUAAGAAUCAAGAUAAAGCAUUGUUCAUUGCACUUAAAAUGGGUUAUGAAGAGAUUGUUGUAUUAUUGCUAGAGUUUGGUGCCGAAACUGAUUGUAAAGAUAAUCAAGGCUUCACACCACUUCAUUUUUCUGCUGAAGGAGGAUAUGAAGAAAUCUGUAAAAUGCUCUUAAUUAAAGGAGCUGAUGUAAAUGCAGUAAAUAAUUAUGAACAAACUGCUUUGUCCAUUGCACUUAAAAUGGUUUAUGAAGAGAUUGUUAAAUUACUUCUAGAGUUUGGUGCCAAAAUUGAUGGUAAAAAUAAAAUUGGCGACACACCACUACAUGUUUCUGCUAGAAAAAAAAAUAGAGAAAUAUGUAAAAUGCUAUUAAUUAAAGGAGCUGAUGUAAAUACUGUAAAUUUGAAAAAAGAAACUGCUUUGCACAUUGCAACUAUAAAUGGUCAUGUAGAAAAUGUUAAAUUAUUGCUUGAAUUUGAUGCCGACAUUGAUUGUAUAAGUAAUGUACCAUCUUAUGCGCAUUAUGUUUUUAACUACCACUUUAUUAAAAGAAAAACAGCAAAUUUGUUUGUAAGUGAAAAUUAUCCACUAUUUUCGAGUGAUAGGAGUCUUCUGGACAAUGAGUUUCAAAAAAAAUGCGAGAAAGAAAUAUUUUACUUGAAGCAUGAAAAGAUUAGUAAUAUUAAAAUUUCAUUCUUUGACGUAUUGAUAAACCAUUGUUCAUUAGUAAACUACAUGGAAAAUAAGAACAUUGUACAGACUCUAAAAUCAUUGGAUUAUGAAACAAAGUUUCCAAUUUACGGCAACAUGAUAAACUGUAAUUUCUUAAAGGCUAUGAAAAGAAGAGAAUUACUAAACCAAUGUUAUCAAUUUUUUCCUCUUUUUUAUAAUAACUUCACCGAGUCACCGCAAUGUUAUCACGAAAAAAUACUUAGUUACCUAAAUGACAAGGAGUUAAGUAUUUUAAUUAAAGCUUGUCUGCCUAUUAACAAGUCCUGCAUUACACGGAAAGAAGGUUUCACCCUUAACGACAGUGCCUCGUUUGAUAGGUUAGAACAGUCUGACAAGCACGGCGAAAUGAAGGCACGGGAUUUUAUGGUGAGCGUCACCGAAAAUUUCGGUGCAUUCAUAGUAAUAUCUCAUGCGUGUACCCUCUUAUCUUCUUACGUGCACCGUCAGAGAGCGGUAAAAGGCACGAAAAAAGAUACUGCUAACUUUGCACCGUACUUCUAUGUGUCACAAACGACAAUGUCAACAAUGACCUACGAUUUUGGGAUUGUCGACAUUGACCGCGCAUUAUCGGAGAAUGUCCAAUUCCGAUCUUUGCCCAUAAUUCGCAAAAAUAUGGAUCAACUUCUUUAUGCAAUCGAUGAGGGAAAUCUAGAAACUGUAAAGGAACUUUUACAACAAAAAAUUAACAUUCAUUAUACAGAUGAGAAUUUUUUAACCAUUUUGCACCAUGCUGCUUACGCAGAAAAUUCAAUGAUUGUUGAGGAAAUUUUAAAGUGUCAUCCUGAUAUUAAUCUAGAAAACUACACAUUGCACAGUGAAGUUGGCAAAGAAUCUGAAGAGUUGGUAAAUAUAUCGUUUAAAAAUGGUACUAAUGUUAAUUCUGUGUAUAAAAAAGUCGGUACACCACUUCAUAUUUCUGCUCUACUUGGAAACACAGAAAUCUGUAAAUUACUAUUAAUUAAAGGAGCUGAUAUAAAUGCAGUAAAUGAACAUAAAGAAACAUCCUUGCACAUGGCAACUCGAAGAGGUGAUGAAGAGAUUGUUAAAUUAUUGCUAGAAUUUGGUGCCGAAAUUAAUUAUAAAAAUAAAAAUGGCGAAACACCACUUCAUGUUUCUGCUCAACUAGGAAAAAAAGAAAUCUGUAAAAUACUUUUAAUUAAAGGAGCUGAUGUAAAUGCAGUAAAUAAUAUUAAAGAAACCGCCUUGCCUAUUGCAGCUCAAAAUGGUCAUGAAGAGAUUGUCAAAUUAUUGCUAGAAUUUAGUGCCGAAAUUAAUUAUAAAACUUUUUUUGGCUACACAACACUUCAUAUUUCUGCUCAAAGGGGAAAUAAAGAAAUUUGUAAAAUGCUUUUAAUUAAAGGAUCUGAUGUAAAUGCAGUAACAAGUUUUCAAGAAACCGCCUUGUUCAUUGCACUUAAAAUGGGUUAUGAAGAGAUUGUUGUAUUAUUGUUAGAGUUUGGUGCCGAUAUUAAUUGUAAAAAUAAUAAUGGCGACACACCACUUCAUGUUUCUUCUGAAAGAGGAAAUGAAGAAAUUUGUAAAAUGCUUUUAAUUAAAGGAGCUGAUGUAAAUGCAGUAAAUUGUAAUCAAGAAACCGCUUUGCACUUUGCAGCUGCAAAUGGUCAUGAAGAGAUUGUUAAAUUAUUGCUAGAGUUUGGAGCCGAAAUUGAUUGUAAAAAUAUUCAUGGCAACACACCACUUCAUGUUUCUGCUCUAAAAAAAAGUAAAGAAAUGUGUAAAAUUCUUUUAAUUAAUGGAGCUAAUAUAAAUGCAGUAAAUUUGAAAAACGAAACUGCUUUGCACAUUCAGGCUAAAUUUGGUCACGAACAGAAUGUUAAAUUAUUGUUAGAAUUUGGUGCCGACUUUGAUUGUAUAAGUAAUGUAUCAGAUCGUGUGCAUAAUGUUUUUAACUUCCACUUUAUUAAAAGAAAAACAGCAAAUUUGUUUGUAAGUGAAAAUUAUCCACUAAUUUCGAGAAAUAGACACAAGGAAAGCGAGUUUCAAAAAGAAUGUGAGAAAGAAAUAUUGUACUUGAAGCAUAAAAAAAUUAGUAAUACAAACAUUUCGUUCUUUGACAUAUUGACUAAAAAUUGUUCAUUAGUAAAGUACAUGAAAAAUGAGAACAUUGUACAGACUCUAAAAUCAUUGGAUUAUGAAAUAAAAUUUCCAAUUUACGGCAACAUGAUAAACUGUAGUUUCAUAAAGGGUAUGAAAAGAAGAGGAUUACUAGACCAAUGUUAUCAAUUUUUUCCUCUUUUUUAUAACAACUUCACCGAGGCACCACAAUGUUAUCAUGACAAAAUACUUAGUUACCUAAAUGACGAGGACUUAAGUAUUUUAAUUGAAGCUUGUCUGCCGAUUAACAAGUAAACUUCGUUGGAAAGUAUUUUAGACAGGUGGAUCUGUUUUUUUUUGUAAUAAAGAAAAUUACAACGCUC